UAAUUAUGUUCUGCUUGAUUUUAAUAGUUUCAUGUUAUGGCCGAUUAAUAAUACAAGACCUUGAGAAUUUGAAAAUGUAGCCAGAAGAAUCUAGACUUCCUAGAGAGCAUUGUACAAAUCUAGGUUCAAAAACAAAAUAUGGUUAUUUGCAUGUUCCAAAUGGUGCAAUAAGUUUUAUAUAUUACCAAGGAAAAGGUCAAUAAAACAUAGUAUAUAUAAAUGGAGGGCCAGGAAUAUCAAGUUAAGUGUCAAAUUAUUUGGAGAUAGGGCCUAAUUCUGGGAAAUGGAAUAAAUUUAGUAAUUUACUUUUUUUGGAUUUGCCAGCAGGAACUGGUUAUGGUAGAACUAAUACAACAAGAAAUUUAACAUAUUAAGAUGUGGCAAUAGAUUAUGAGAUAGCAAUGACUGGGUUUAAUAAAUUGUGUAAUAUGAAUUAUAAAGAUGUGAUUCUAUUUUCAACUGAUUUUGGUGCAAGAUUUGCAUUAGCAAUAGCAAAUAGAAGCAAGAAUAUAAAAUGUGUGGGGCUACUAGAUCCUUUUUUAGAUACAUUAAGUAUAGUUGCAGAGAUCCCUAAUUAUGCAUUUCAUAUGGGUGUAAUUGAUUAUUAAGAGUUAAUAUAUUUUGAGAAAGCCAUAAUAAAAUUAAGUGAUGAUAUUAAUAAUGGAUAUUAUUCAUAUGAAAAUGAUUAAUUUCUUAAACUAUUAUACUAUUAAAGUGGGAAUAUAUCACUUUAUAAUGUAUUAGAAUAAAAGCUAUAUUCAGAAGAUGAAGAUAAAUUAGAAGAGGCUUUAAAUAAUCCAGAAUCACUCUAUUAUAUUCCUUUUGAAACAGAAUUCGUAGCUCGUUCAUAAAAUGUGUUUGAUUAAUUUAAAUAUAAUUUUUUUGAACCAUUCGAUAACAGUAUGUAAGUAAUCAUCAAAUAUUUAGUAUAUAGCAUUUGUUGAGUCAUAAAAACAUUUUAGUAUAUUAAUCAUAAUUUGAUAUGCUUAUUCCUCCUUCAGGAACAAUGAGAUGGUUAAUAUCAAUUGAAUAUGAGUUGGAUGAUUUUUUUUAUUAGAGUUCAUUGACUAAAUAAAUGAAAGAUGAUUAAAUUAUUGGUUUAUGGAAGAGAGGAGGUUAUUUAGAAUAUUUAUUUGUAUUGAAUACAGGAUAAGUUAUGCAUAGAGAUAAUAAUGAUACUUCAAUGAGUUUAAUUUAAUAAUAUUUGGAGAAUAUUAUUUGA